AGAUACUCGAAAAUAUUUAUUUGAUAAUUAUCCUUCAAUUUUGGAAAAUUAUUACAAAAUUGGAGAACUUAUUGAUUCCCAAAAUAAAAUAAGGCAGGUCGAUUUAGCUUAUUGGAAUAAAAAAACUUGAUGGCAUCAAGAUUUGUUCGAUCAAUAUUUUGGUUAGUUGCAUGUAGUGGAGUUAGUUAUGGUUUACUUAUUUUAACAACCCCUUCUGAAGCAGAAAUUAAAAAGCGCAAACAGGAAUUAACUACAGUUAAAGAAAGGAAUGAACAAUUGAAUAAGAAACAACAAUUUAUGAAUGUUCUGAUAUCUGCAACAGAUAGUAAUAAACCACUGUAUCGUUUAUCUAAAGACGAUAUUGAAAAGGAAUUGAAAAAGGAUUAAUCAAACAUAAUCUCUUAUUUAAAUAAAUAAUGAAUUCUGGUAUAACUUUAGAUUCAGUGAACGAAAAAACUAAUAAAUUAAAUUUGUUAACUAAAAGAGAAGUUGAACGUCAACUGAAUUUACAAAAACGAAAAGAUAACAAAGAUUUACUAGUUGCCGGUAAUGAAAAAUUGGAAUUUUUUGAAACAAUAUUUACUGAAAAACGAUCUUAUAUAGAAAACAUGAUCAACAUUUCCAAAAGUGUGCCAGUUAAUGAAUUACCAGACCAUUUUAAUGAAAUUUUAAAGGAAAUAGUUACUUUACAGAAAUAUGUAGCAGCUUCAAGCAUUUUUAUAAGAAAUUAUGACAUGCAAAGAUGCCAAAAUGUAUUACAGGAACUAACAGUAAAAACAAAACAAUUGGAAGAAGAGUUUCUACCAAAAAAGAAAUUCUCUUUUAAGAACAAGAUGAAGCAAAAGUCUAAAUCAACAGAAAUUAGGAAUAAAAGUAUCGAUGAUGUGGAUUUCAAACUGAAAAUUGAACCAGUUAAAAGCAAUACAGGAUUUCUAAGUAGAUGUAAUGAAAAACUCACUUUAAACAAUUCCGAAUUGUUCAAAAAAGAUGUUAGCUUAGAAAAAUUGGAAUCAUGUACAGUAUUUUUAAAAGGCAGUCCUUCCACUUUACAUCUUAAUCAUUUAAAAAACUGUAAUAUAUUUUCUGGUCCAGUCAGUACAUCAAUUUUUGCAGAAAACUGUGAAAACUGUACAUUAGUUAUAGCUUGUCAGCAAUUAAGAUUGCACAAUUCUAAAAAUACUGAUAUAUAUCUUUACGUCACCAGCAGAGCUAUAAUGGAAGAUUGCAAAGAAAUUAGAGUGGCACCUUAUAAUUGGAAAUAUGAAAGCAUAUCUAGUGACUUUGAAAAUGUUGGUUUUGAUACUGCUGUGAAUAAUUGGACUUGUAUUGAUGAUUUCAACUGGCUCAAUCAGAAACAUUCUCCUAAUUGGAAGGAGAUUGAAGAUGUAGAAAGAAUUCAAAACUGGAAUCAUUAUUUAUAGAUUCAUUGUAACUUAGUAGUUAACAUUUAUUAAACAAUUUGCUUCUGCGACUUAUCUUGACUGUGUGAUUUUUUGAAUGUACAUAAUUAAAAUCAUAUUGUACCAAUUCAGGAUAUUGUUAAUACAUGCAAUGCAUUCUCAAAA